UGCAGCCUGAUUAUCACAUGACAAGGCGGCGGUAGCCGUGGCAGCAGCCGCCGCGGCUCCGCUGGCUCUCCGGGUGGGCUCAGUUCCGCGCACGCAGGAGCUGAGCGCAGGGGGCGGGGAAGGGACCUGCUGCAGCGGCGGCCAGCCAGCCGCUCCCGGAGCGCUCGGUGUCUCUCCUGACCGGCCCGCCCGCUCCAUGUCGCUCCGUUGCGGAAGUGUAGCUGGGGGAGGAGGCGGCGGCGGCACCGAGUACAGGAGGCCGGGGCUCGGCCCCCUGCAGCACUAAGCUCCAGGAACCCCGUGCGGCGCGCCCCAGCGGCCCGGCUUCCCGUGCGCCCCGCGCCCGCCGCAGCCUGCAUGACCCGCGCUGAGCCUCGCCCGGCCGCCGCUGCAGCCUCCAGCUCGCACCGCUGCUGCCGGGCGCCGGAGUAAUAUGCUAACUCGAGUGAAAUCUGCCGUAGCCAAUUUCAUGGGCGGCAUCAUGGCUGGCAGCUCAGGCUCUGAGCACGGCGGCGGCGGCUGCGGAGGCUCGGACCUGCCCCUGCGCUUCCCCUACGGGCGGCCGGAGUUCCUCGGGCUGUCUCAGGACGAAGUGGAGUGCAGCGCUGACCACAUCGCCCGCCCCAUCCUCAUCCUCAAGGAGACCCGGCGGCUGCCCUGGGCCACUGGCUACGCAGAGGUUAUCAAUGCCGGGAAGAGCACACACAAUGAAGACCAAGCCAGCUGUGAGGUGCUCACUGUGAAGAAGAAAGCAGGGGCCAUUACCUCAACCCCAAACAGGAACUCCAAGAGACGGUCCUCCCUUCCUAACGGGGAAGGGCUGCAGCUAAAGGAGAACUCGGAAUCCGAGGGCGUCUCCUGCCACUACUGGUCGCUGUUUGAUGGUCAUGCGGGGUCCGGGGCCGCCGUGGUGGCAUCGCGCCUGCUGCAGCACCAUGUCACAGAGCAGCUGCAGGACAUUGUGGAGAUCUUGAAGAACUCUGCCGUCCUGCCCCCGACCUGCCUGGGAGAGGAGCCCGAGAACACACCCGCCAACAGCCGGACCCUGACCCGCGCCGCCUCCCUGCGCGGAGGGGUGGGCGCCCCGGGCUCCCCCAGCACCCCGCCCACGCGCUUCUUCACGGAGAAGAAGAUCCCACACGAGUGCCUGGUCAUCGGGGCUCUGGAAAGCGCCUUCAAGGAGAUGGACCUACAGAUAGAACGAGAGAGAAGUUCAUAUAAUAUAUCUGGUGGCUGCACGGCCCUCAUUGUGGUCUGCCUCCUGGGGAAGCUGUAUGUGGCAAACGCUGGGGACAGCAGGGCCAUAAUCAUCAGAAAUGGAGAAAUCAUCCCCAUGUCUUCGGAAUUCACCCCCGAGACGGAGCGCCAGCGACUUCAGUACCUGGCAUUCAUGCAGCCUCACUUGCUGGGAAAUGAGUUCACACAUUUGGAGUUUCCAAGGAGAGUACAGAGAAAGGAACUUGGAAAGAAGAUGCUCUACAGGGACUUUAAUAUGACAGGCUGGGCAUACAAAACCAUUGAAGAUGAUGACUUGAAGUUUCCCCUCAUAUAUGGAGAAGGCAAGAAGGCCCGGGUAAUGGCAACUAUUGGAGUGACCAGGGGACUUGGGGACCAUGACCUGAAGGUGCAUGACUCCAACAUCUACAUAAAACCAUUCCUGUCUUCAGCUCCAGAGGUAAGAGUCUACGAUCUCUCUAAAUAUGAGCAUGGAGCAGAUGAUGUGCUGAUCUUGGCCACUGAUGGACUGUGGGAUGUUUUAUCAAAUGAAGAAGUGGCAGAAGCAAUCACUCAGUUUCUUCCUAACUGUGAUCCAGAUGACCCUCACAGGUACACACUGGCAGCUCAGGACCUGGUGAUGCGUGCCCGGGGUGUCCUGAAGGACAGAGGAUGGCGAAUAUCGAACGACCGACUGGGCUCAGGAGAUGACAUUUCUGUAUAUGUCAUUCCUUUAAUACAUGGAAAUAAACUGUCAUGAAAAUGACCCAGGGGAUUGGGAGGACAGAGGGGAAGAAAACUGGGAUGCCUCUGAGCAGGGCGGAACCCGGAAGUGCCCCAGCUGAGUUCCAGGUGAUGCAAUCUCUUCCCAGCCCAGGUGGGGAGUUCUUUGCCAAGAGGCCUCUGGCUGCGCUUCAAAAUGACCCUUAGGUUUCCAUUUCCUUAGUAACAGGUCUGGACUCAACAAGAGCCGGGAAAACAAAGCCUCCUACUGAGUGUCAUAUUUUGGUUGGUUUUUAAAAUAGGCCUCCUAGGUGGCUCUUGCCUAUUUGGGGCACAUACAUCCUAUUUAUUUGAUCUAGAGUAGCGAGGGCAGAGCCAUGUUCAGAUGUAACUGGCAGAAGACUCCGCAGCCUUCUUCUCUACGGGUUAGAAGUGCCAACUUCUCUAUGGGUUAGAAGUGCCGCAUUGGAAAGUUGGGGAUCACACCUCAGAAAAUGAAAUCAUCCACCUUUAGAAAGCUCAAGAUGAAUUUCAGGGAUUCUGCCUUCCUCUUUCUCUCUCUCUC